ACUCGUCGUAGCAGCUGUUCCCUACACGUGAUAGUUGUUGUUGUUGCUGUUGCGUGUGUCCGGAUUGCCUUUCAAAAAACCCUGAAAGAACAUCCUUUUUUUUGGACACCGCUAACAUAAUGGCCAGCCCAAAGGUGGUGGGCAUGUAAAUAUCGCAUAACCGGCCAGCGAACCGAACACAACACAACCGUCCUCUAAGAUUGAGAAAUCAGAGCCGGACAGCAUGCAAUCCUUGCGUUGCUGCCCGGCCCGUGGCCUGAUCCUGUCCAGAACCAUUCGCGGCCAGCGCAGCCUGCGAAUGAGUUGGCCACGGAAUAGCGGCGCGACUGGAGGAGCUGGAGGAGCAGCGUCCGGUGGGGGCAGCACCACAACCACCAGCACCAUUGGCGUUGGAGCGCUUCAGAAGCUGCGGGAAUGGCAUGCGAGUGCAUUCAGUAGCCGCUUCCUGCUCUUCACCAACGUGGGCAUCUCGCUGACCCUGAGCUGUGUGGGUGACAUCCUCGAACAGCACCUGGAAAUCUAUUGCGGCGAAAUCGAGCGCUUCGAGUCCACGCGCACUGCCCACAUGGCCAUCAGUGGUGUGACAGUGGGCGUGAUCUGUCAUUAUUGGUACAAGAUGCUGGACAAACGAAUGCCUGGACGCAGUAUGCGCGUGGUGGCAAAGAAGAUCGUGCUCGACCAGCUGAUCUGCUCGCCUAUCUACAUCAGUGCUUUUUUCGUCACUCUGGGCCUGCUGGAGCGGAAGACCAAGAACGAAGUGUGGGAGGAGAUCAAGGAGAAGGCCUGGAAGCUGUACGCCGCCGAAUGGACUGUGUGGCCGGUGGCGCAGUUCGUCAACUUCUACUGGAUCCCCACCCAUUAUCGCAUCUUCUACGACAAUAUCAUCAGCCUGGGCUACGAUGUGCUGACCUCAAAAGUCAAGCACAAACAGUCGCAUUCGCAUCUAAAGAAGAUUCCCUAACCCUGCGCUAGCCUCUGGUCCUCCUUAAUUCCUUGUAACUAUUUAUUACCAAAUUGCAAACCUUGUAAAUACAGACGAGCCCAUGUACAGAUACUAACAAACUGUGAAUUAUUGUACAUUA